AUGUAAGGUUAGGUAGCGCUGCUCCGCCUCCUGCAAACUGCCAGCAGCUGCAGCUAGCUGCAGCAGCAGCGGCGGAGCAGCAAAUGCUCAUUCGGAUGCACACAUUGAAUGAAAGUCGGUGUAGGAGGCUGGGGCCAGCAGCAAGUAACAAUAUCUGCACUAAGUGAAGUUAUCGCACAGUGUAGACUAUAGGCACCCGGUCACACAGCGCCAGCGGAGACGCGCUCAUACGUUGACAAAACGCAGGUUGGAGAUAUUUGUGCCAGGGGAAGCUUAAUGUUACUUGUGGAUGGGUUCGUGCCACAUGCGGGCAGAUACCGACGCUGAUUGUCUGUGUGUCCAGGAGCAGGCGGUGUGAGGUGAUGCAGCGGGUCACGGCGCAGCUCGCCGCCGGGCUGGUCGCAGCGGUGCUGUUGCUGCUGUCCGAACAGUCCUGGGCAGAUGGCGGGGGCCCCAGCCUCUCUGAACGGGUUAUCUGGGCUGUAAAUGCCGGGGGCGACGCGCAUGUAGAUGUACAUGGGAUUCACUACAAAAAGGACCCACUGGAAGGGAAAAUUGGUAAAGCGUCUAAUUAUGGGAUGCGCCUGCCAAUACUGCGCUCCAAUCAAGAAGACCAGAUUUUGUACCAAACCGAGCGCUACAACGAAGACACCUUUGGAUAUGACGUCCCCAUUCGUGAAGAAGGAGACUAUAUACUAGUUAUGAAGUAUGCAGAGGUUUACUUUGCUCAGUCACAGCAAAAGGUGUUCGAUGUUCGUCUAAAUGGCCACGUGGUGGUGAAGGACCUGGAUAUUUUUGAUCGAGUGGGUCACAGUACUGCCCAUGAUGAGAUCGUCCCCUUCUCUAUUAGACGAGGCAAGCUGAGCGUGCAGGGAGAGGUGUCCACCUUCAAUGGCAAGCUCACUGUGGAGUUUGUAAAGGGUUAUUAUGACAACCCCAAGGUCUGCGCUCUCUACGUAAUGAAAGGGACACUAGAAGAUGUACCAAAGCUUCAGCCUCACCCCGGCUUAGAGAAGCAUGAGGAGGAGGAGGAAGAAGAGGAAGAUAGUGAAGGAGGCGAGGAAGGUGGGAAGAAAAAGGCCUCAAAAGGUUCUCAUCACAGGGUCCAGUCAGGCCCCCGAACACCAAACCCAUACGCAGCUGACAACAGCAGCCUAAUGUUUCCCAUCCUUGUUGCAUUCGGGGUGUUCAUCCCCACACUGUUCUGCCUCUGCCGGCUGUGAGCUAAAACUAUCGGCGGGGGGAGACAUCAGGAGGAUAAGAUGGAUGUGGGACUGUGAAGAAAGAGAGGGGGAGGAUGGAGGGGGGGAGGGGAAGGUGUUGAGGUAAUAACAGCAGCACAGGUAAAAGCAUACACAAAAGAGAGGGCUUGGAGAAAAUCAGGACAAGGAAGGACAAAAAAAGACAACUUCUGGAAGAGGUAUUGCAAGACGAAGCAGAUGCCGUAAGAAUGGCGGGGAAAAAAGGAGAUGUAGGGAGUGUAUGCCGUGCGCAUCUCUGUGAAUGUGUUUUGCAUCCACCUCUGCUGACCCUUUGAACAGUGUUACCAAUUCCAAGCCUGUCUUCACAGGCUGAAAACACAUUUUCACAGCGAAGAGAUGCUCAGGAGUGAUUGGUCCGAGCCGAUUUUUGUAAACUAAAAGCAUUGCUUUUUAUGGGGCGCAGCAAGAGGGCACUCCUGCUCAGCAUCUGGCCAGAUAUAUUACCUUCGAAUUGGAAAUGGUACUGCUCAGAAAUUGAUAAAAUAGAACCGAAAUCUUUAAGACAGUUGUCAUCUGAGAGGCAACUGCCAAGAUGGAAAAUUUUUGUAUCUUUCUGUUCUAGUUGGUCCUUUUUGUUGACGUGCCACCAUCUACCUGCCAUGUUGAAAUAUCGGGGAAAUUCUUUGCAAACCGGCUCUGUGUCUGGUGGGCUCACUUGCUGUCUACGUCGCCUUGCCUUUACGUAAAUAUAGGUUGGGUUUCAGAAAUGUGUCUACGUACAGUGAUGAAAGUCUUUGGUAUUGUUCCACCAAAUACUAAUUCAGGGCCAUCAAAGUGUCCUCAACUAUGAUCACAAAUUAUAAGACCCUGUUGGAUUUUGUUUCCCCCAAGGAUGGAUUCAUUUUUAAGAGUCAUACAUUCAGCCUUUAAACAGUCGUUUGCUUCAGUGAGAGACGUCAUAUUCAUAUUUAGUGAGAGGCAAAGUUUAUGCUGUGAAAUUCUCGAGUCAGGAUAUCGCCGUAUUUUGUGACAUUUGCCUUUUUCUGUUCAUUCACUAGUGCAUGCCUGCCUUUUUUGUUUCACCAAAGAAUGCUUUUUUUUUUUUUUUUUUUUUUUCUUUUUUUUCUAAAUGUGUUGUUUUAUUAGAAAACUACAAACAUGGUGGCCUGUGUAAUUUGAAUUUUAUAUCGAUGUCCAAAAUUAACUUUAAAAAAUGUGAGUUGUUGACUCUGAAGGAAUCUUAAAUGAUCAUAACAGGCCAGUAUUUAAUAUUAGUAUUCUAAAUGAUUAAAAAUCAGUACCCCCUCUAUACGCUUGUCAUAUGUCCUCCAAGUCGCUCUUUGUAUACCAGAUGUUUUGUCCUCUAAGAGGUGAGAAAGCACAACAUUGAUAUCAGUAAAGAACCAACUGUGUACCAGAUAUUAUAUGUGAACCUUUAUUCAGUUCUCCCAGUUUUCUCUUGUCUUUUUCCAUUCUGUUGUAUUCCAAUGUUUCAAUGUUGCCUGUACCUUUGUGUUAUUACAUUGUGAAUUUUCCGUGGGGGUUACAUAUUCCGGUUCUUGAGUUGGGGACAAAAUGACAUCUGUGAGCCUUUUCCCCACCCCUGCAUAGCCAUGUUGUCAGCGUCCGCUUUGACUGUGGUCACAGCUUUUGGACAAAGAUAUUCUUCUUAGCUUUCCAUACAGACUGAAAAGAAACUUUGUUCUUCUGUUUUGGUGGAGUUGUUGUGAAGUCUCCUGUUAAUGUAUCUCAUUACUUCCCUUAAGUGCUUAGCUCUACUCUGAGGAUGAUUUUGUAACUUUGCCUGUUUCACUAAUGCGUCUUAAAUAACCCCCGCCACCCACUCAUCCACCCACUCGCUCCUCCUUUUCCUUCAUUGACCAGUAUUGCUGUUGCCAUAAGCAGUACUUGAAAAGCGGUUGAUAAUUCAGGCAUUGUGGAUGCUUCCUCACUCCUCGAUUCUCCUUCCCAUUGUGAUUGAUAGUGGUCAAGAAUUUGGUGCCAGAAAAUAUUUUGUCAGUUGUUGGCAAUUGUGGGUUCUUUUGUUUCUUUUAAAUGUUGUAAACUCGACUCUUAUUUCAUACAGACUGGUGAGAAAUGGAAGGACAAACCAGCAGAGUGUUUCAGUGUGCCUUGGCACUGAUUCAGGUCUCUGAAGCUCUACCACUCUUUGAAAAGGUUAUUCCUAUUUUUGGUGCUUUGACGCUGAUGAUGGAGAGCGCUGAGAUAUAUGUAAAUUUGAUAAUUAGGCUGACAUGUUUGUUUUCGCUUGCCGUUUUAAAUCUUACUUGAAGUUUACUUGUUUCUUCACUUUAUUUUGGUUAGGUUAGGUUAAGACAGCCAAACUACCUGGCUGGGUUUCCUAAGAGAUUCGUGUUAAUAACCUUCAAAAAAUGGUCACGUCUUUAAGGAAGAGCCCAAACACCCUUCAAAUGAAGCUCUUUUCCACUGUUUGUAUCCACAGUCUCAUUCUUUUGGUUGAGGUCAUGGCCAUAGGUGAGGCUGGAAACUUAGAUCAACAGAUAACUUGACAACUUUACUGUCCAGCUCUGUUUACCAUGACAGAUCAGUACAGUAUCCACAUAAUUGCAGACGCUGCAGUGAUGUGAGUCUCCCGCUCCCUCCUUUCCUCUCUCAUGAACAAGAGCGCGAUACUUAAGCUCCUUGUUGCAGAUCCUCGUUCCAGACCAGGAGUAGGCACGCCACCCUUUUCCAACCAUGGCCUCGGACUUGGAGGUGCUAAUUUUCUUCCUAGCCAUUUCACACUCAGCUCAAACUGUUCAUUUUUCAGCAAUUUAUUACAGUUGUGCAUUGUAGUGUAGUAUUUGCAUAGUCACAAAAAAAAAAGAACGAAGGGCACGAAGAUGGCCACUCGGAGCCUUGCAUUCACCUCUUGAAGGGGAGAUAUAACACCAGCUUCAGGGGGCCAAGUGGACACAAGCCAUCCCAUCCAAAUGCCCCUCAAGUAUAAUAAAAAAAACAAACAAAAAAAAAAGGUAUCUCUGUAUAUGUUGGGUUCAGCUAUUUUUCCUUUCAUUUGUCACCAAUCUGUAUAAGCGCCUUUCUUCUGAAAAGAUGCAAAAUGUUCAUUUAAUCCAGCACCAAAGUCACCAUAUUCUGCUCCUCUGCAAGUCUACACAGUCGCGUUUGUAUAUAAGGUACAAGAUCACACUUCUUGUUGUGUGAUGAGGGGUUUUUUUUGUUUGUUUGUUUUUUUGUUUUUCUAAUUAAUUUUUGGGGUUGUAGCUGAGGUGAGGGUUGUUUGUUUUGGUUUUUUUUCUUAUGAAGAAGACUUUGUGGCCUUUCUUCUGGGGAGGAAUGGUUUUUGGUACAGAAUAUAAAACUUCUAACAGGCAGCGAGAUGAACUGUCUGUCAGACAAAUGAGAUUAUCUCUGAAUAUAUGGGAUCUUCCAUUGUGUUAGAUGUAAUUUAAAUCAGAGUGGGGCUGACCUGGAGAUAUUUUAUAAUACGCUUGGAUUUGUUUGAAAUUUUAAUUUUUUUUUCCUCAGGAUCUGUUUUAGUUUGACUUUUUAAAACGUGAUAUUUUAUUGGUGUGACAUUUUGCACUGCCUCAUGUAUUUUAAAAUGUCAUUUUUGUGUGUCUGUGUGUGUGCGUGCGCAUGUGUCUUUGUUGCCUUGAAUUAUUGAAUACAAAUGCGCUUUACCAUCAUUCGCCUUGAGGUGGCUCUUUUGUUGGCUUAUGUCAAAAUAGCCUUUUUUUUUUUUGUUUGUUUCCUUCUCUGUAAAACACUUUUUCAGGGCUAGAUUUUCAUUCCACAGGAAGGACACUUUUGGUGUAAGGGACAUAUGUCAGAAGAAUUAAAAUAUGUAUAAAGUCUGUCUUUAACCUCCACUCACCCUGGAGCAAAGCCAGUCCCCCCCAAAAAAGGAAAGGGUUGCAAAAAACUGUAAUAAAUGUAUGGCCACAACUUGUUUCAAGCAGUCUGAUCAUAUCCUCCUUUUCAGACCUCCUGUUGUAGGUCUCACAGUUAAAUGAACUGUAGUGGAAUGAAGACCUGCUCUGUUUUGUUUUUUUUCUUUUCCACAUGAGAACCAAAGAAUUGCAGUCAUUCCAUCCAAUUUGUUAAUCGGAGUCCUAACGGAACGCAAAAUAAUCACUUCUCCCUUCCUUUCUUUCACCUGGGGAAAAACAGUAAUUAAACCAAGGUGCCAUGUCUUGUCAUCACAUUUGUUGACACCAUGCUAUGAUACCCGUCUUGUUUAAAAAUACCAAGAGUCAUUUGAAUUGCUCUGUAACUAUUGUAAAAUUGUUUCUUGGCAUGUUGUUUUCUUUCUUUGUUUUGUUGUUUUUAAACAACUGGACAUGUGAGAUCAAUUUAAACUGAAACAAAUUUGAACAGCAGAACAUCAGCCAACUUGCCCCGUUGUCCAGGCACCAGCCCAGUAAAUUUGAACAACAGAGUCUGCUGCCAUGAAUGUGUAUGUGUGAGAUAGGGAGUGUGCAAGUUCAAUCUUAUACACACGUUUGGUAAAUAACUGCUCUUCUGAGGGUUGUAAGCAACAGCAGGUGGACUGAGAAACUGUAUGUGAGACCCCUGAUCUUCUGCCUCAGAUGUGGCAUAUAUGGGAACUGCUGAUAAAUGCUGUCUUUUUAAUAAAUGUGCUAUUUUA